GCGACCCGCGGGAGUUUAUUACACGAGGAAAAAUAUUUAGCACGCCAUCGUCGGCUCUUUGCUGCCCCGAAGUCAGCGAAUACGUUAGUGUCGGUGCCGGUGCUUCGGGACACAAGCGCGAUGGAGCGAGCGGUUCUAUUGUGUGUGGUACUUUUGCUUCCCUGUUUGCCGGCGGAGCGUCAGCGUGGCAAUGAGGAGAUAGAUUCAAUGCUGAGUCAGCUCAGGCACGCCUCGGCAUCAGAGAUCCAGUCCUUAAGGUACUGCAAGAUCUCUACACCGGAUCUCUUAGCCACUGCCCAGAGCACGGCCAACAGGGUUCUGCAAGGUGUUUGCAACCCACGAGAGCUGAACGAGCGGUUCGCGGCGCUGCAGAAGCAGGUGGUGGACCAGUUCACCGUCCUGCAGUCGAUGGUGCUCAGCGUCGAGGACCAACUCAGGACCCAAGACAAGCAAAUGAAGAAGCACCACAGCAAGCUCAGGCAAGCCAUCGGCACCAUGAGGGGCGGCGUGGAGGGCGCAGACGACGCGGGAAGGGGAUUCGACUUCUUCGAUGACCGGCGAGGUGGUGAGCCCCCGCGACACCGAGAUCGACCGCUACAACUCGACGAUGCACCAGGAGGAAGGCUGGAGGGUCUUCACCUACUACUGGCGAGUCCGCGACAUCAACUACAAGAUGAGAAACUGGGGCGGCCGCCGCUCGCUGCGAUCCGAGAGCUUCUACAUUUUCCAGAACGGCUACAGGAUGUACAUGAGGAUUUACCCCAAUCAGCGCGGAGAGAAUGUCUAUAUCCACGUUGGGCUCACGGAGGGCGACUACGACGUCAACCUAGACUGGCCGUUCAAGCUCAAGCACAGGAUCCACAUCCUGGACCACGGCUCGCCCUCCGAGGACAUCGUCAGCCGAGUCUGGGACCCAACCCAGCUGUGCUCCGGCUGGCACUGGCGCCGCCCCGAGUCCGGAGACAACUACGAGUGCGUGGGUCUGGGCUUCGAGCAGCUGCUCCUCCGCUCCCGGAGCUACAUCCACGACGACAGCAUCGUCAUCAGGCUCACGGUGUUCCUCGCCCAGUAGAGGCGCCGCAUAACAUCCUACCCCUGUACAGUAUUCCAUGUUACUUGUCCUUCUCCCCUCAAUAUUUUCUUGAGUUAGCUGGCUUGGGCUUUGUAGCUCACAUAUAUAAGCUUUUUUUAUUGUGUAUUAUAUCAUUCUGUGAUCGUUGAUGCCACUGAAGUAACUACAAGCUGCUCUAGAAGGAUUUUCUGUUAUACUAGCUGCUUUGUAUAAAUGUAAUAUAAUCCUGGGUAUUACUCCAUUUCACUUUAUCAUCGACCAUUCUUUUUUUUCGUGCUUUUUGUCUUUAUUAUCUUAUUAGUCUCUUCUGAUUCUCCGUUAUCAUGUCUCUCUCUUUCCUCUAAAAAAAUCCCAGCAAGAUACUUAGUGCAUCUGGUUUAUGCUUUAACACCCAAGUUAAUAUUAUGAUAUAUCUUU